CGCUCACCCUUCCAACCACACUCGCAACAUCCAUAUCGACAGUCACGACCGCUCUCAGACCGUAGAUAUCAACAACAUACUCGACCGCCAUCCAUCCAUGAACGCUCACCGGGAACGACGACCAUCGGUCGUGGCUUUCGAGGAGAGAUGUUCGGUCAUUCCAGAAGGAUCAAAACAGACGAGAUUGGCCACGAGAACGUUAUCCAUCCCGUUGACAAGACGGCCAUCAAACUCGGACAUCUAUUACGAUCCGACCUUUACCCCCAGCCCUCAGAAAUCCCUCAAGAUUCCCAUCCCUCGACUAUGCCACGCUCCGCCUCUGCCAAAUUCCAAGAGCAGGAGAUUCUCCCACGGAGAAGUCGAUGGUAAACCGCUCCGUGGCUGCCUAUUGUAUCGACAGCAAUCGACCGAUACCGCUCCUGGUCAUGCGGUCGAGCAGAUCCAUUUGCGACCCAACAAGCUCGCUCGAGCGCUCAGCGUCGAUCGAGCGUCAGCCCGUUCGGACCCCAUGAGCGUGCUACCGGUGUGUCGUACGACCCAGAGCGAGAGCGGACAACCGCCAGCGCCGCCGACACCCUCGGCCUUGCAAUCGGGUCGACCCCCACUCUCGGUCCUGACGGGCACGAGCUCGGGAUCACGCACAGACUCGUCACCAACCAUCAAAUCUCGACCGGGCAUGUUUGCAAGUUUCAAAAGACCGUCUUUUUUGAAACGCAGGACCAACUCGACCGACGACAAGAACGCGUUUGGGUCGAAUGGGGCAUCACUCAAACGUUGGACAAGCGACUCGUCAUCGAGCGCUCUCUCACCCGGCGCUGCUUCGCCAGCGAGUACACCCAAGAUUGGAGAUUUCGACGGACCGCCAUCGGCAGGGAGAGGCUACUUUUCAGAACAAGGUCGAGGCGCUAAUGUGCCGCCCUGUAUCAUGGAGGAUCAAGCGUUGGAGGUGGAGGACGAGUCUGCGGACGAUCACGGUCGACAUGAUAUGCUCAAGUCCCCCGUCGGCCUGGACGAGGGGCAAGACAAGUACACGUUGCUUCGCCCAUGCUGCCCACAGUGUUCUCGUGCCACGGACCAGGGUCUCGAGGCAGACUGGGUCCCACCCGUCUCCAAGCGGGCUCAGAAGAAACUCGACGUCGAACACAUGGUCCGGCAAAUCGAAGACAAGAAGCAAUCUGUUGACGAAGCAGACGAGGCGGUGGACGAGAAGGCCUCGGCCUUUGUCGUCGACGAGGUGGAACUCUUGCGUCGACGGAGGACUUCGGGCGGCUCUGGAUCUCACGACAAUGCUUCACAAGAGCUCAAGCCCGCAUCUCAGACCUGCCUCUUGGGCACCCGACCGGGGUCGGCAUCGCCACGGAAUGGUCCCAUCUGGCUCUGUUCGGGUAAAGGUCGAUCGUCGAGCUCGGGCAGCGUCUCUCGACAGUCCCCUGUAGCAACACCGGGAGGAGCGACUCCCGACUCAAGGUCCCCGGACUACUUUGCUUUGGCCAGUCAGGACGGUGCGACGGCCCGUGUGGCUCAAGACGAUCUCGACGCCAAGAUCGCCGCUGCCCUUGCUGCAGAGGCUUUCAUGGCCAGGGGGUCUAGCAGGGAACAGGACACCUCCUCGGCCUGUGGAACCACCGGCUCCGAGACGACGGGAAACGGGGCUCGCAGUGGAGAGUGGUUCCGUCGAAUGGCGGAGGGCGGGGGAGUCGUUUCAGUGUGACCCAAAGGCUUUGAUUUGAAUCGAAAUUGCUGGUGGCUUCUUCUUUCCGCUCCUCUUUUCGACAACAUAAUGAUCAAUGCAGGUAGCCUGACAUUUUGUACCGUACCCGCACCUAUACCACGUCGAUGAUGACCUGC